AUGGUAGAUGGAAUCUUCAUCGGUUGCAUGAUCAACCACACCGUUCUUGACGAAACAUCCUUUUGGCCUUUCUUCAACACUUGGUCUCGAAUCUCUCGCAGCCGCGGCAGUGGUGAUGAUGGUGAUGGUGAUCGAGUUUCAGAGUUUCCUCCGGUUUUUGACCGUCAGUAUCUGGGGGGUAUCAUUGAACUCCCACAUCAGAUUCCUUUUCCACGCCACAACGAAAUUCCGGAGAAGUCUCCACCACCGCCACUGAAACAAAGAAUGCUCCAUUUCUCUCGAGAAAAAAUUGCACAGCUUAAAGCAAAAGCCAAUGUAGAGAUGGAAACCGAUAAGAUCUCAUCUCUUCAAACACUCAUGGCUCAUCUUUGGAUAUCCAUAACCCGUGUCCGAAAUCUCGAAAAGGAUGAAUCGGUUAUUUAUGGGAUAAUAAUGAGCAUGAGAGGGAGAAUAAAGCCUGAACUGCCACAACAUUACUUGGGAAACUCCAUUAAGCUUGGGAUCGUAAAGACCACUGCCGGCGAGCUCCUAGAGAACGGAUUAGGAUGGGCGGCGUGGGAGAUGAACAAAAUGAUAGCUUCAAAAACUUCAGAGGAAGUGAGAAAGACAUAG